AUGUCAGGGUACCUCAUUGCGCUUCACCUCAUCGGCGUUCUCUGCCUUUUGCCCUGGAUUCUUCAGGCACCCUCAAAGUACACCGACUGGCUCGAGGAGUCUGGUAUCGGCAAGACCUGGUGGGCAUUCUACUCGGCCCAAACAAUGGUGAACAAUCUUGGCUUCACCCUGACCCCCGACUCGAUGGCCACCUUCAGGGACGCUACCUGGCCUAUGCUGGUCAUGACCUUCUUGGCCUUUGCAGGGAAUACGUGCUAUCCGGUGUUCCUCCGCCUCGUCAUCUGGAUUGCAUACAGGCUAGCGUCCGAGACGUCGCAGGCUAAGGAAGCCUUACGUUACCUGCUUGAGCAUCCCCGGCGUUGCUACACCUUGCUCUUUCCUAGCCGCCCGACAUGGAUCCUCUUUGGCAUCUGA